CCGAUGUAAACAAACAACAUAGUUUUGUCUCGCUCUCCGCCGAAAAAUAAUUUUUCCGGUUCUUCUAUCUCUCUUCUCUUUCUAUUUAAAUUGUUAAAAUUUGCUUUACGGGAGAUUGUCGUGAUUGUAUCAUAAUGACGAUGAAUAACAUAAUAAGGACUAAGUGUAUUGUAGCAGGUGACAGUACUGUCGGCAAAUCUUCUAUAGUUCAGUCUUUCUUAACAGAAGGAUCCCAGUUUCCAAAGAAUUACAAUAUGACAUUGGGUCUAGAUAUACAGACAAGGCUUAUCAAUGUUCCGGAUACAAGUUACAGUGUGGAAUUAUACCUGUAUGACUUCUCAGGGAAAGAAUUCUACAGAGAUUUAGUUUUGAAAAUGAGUAGUCAACCCUCGCUUGUCUUUAUGGUGUAUGAUGCAACCUCAGAGAGCUCCUUCAAAAAAGUGGUUGACAUUUAUACUCAGAUCAAAGAAGAAACCAAGAUGAGUACGCUGAAGGGUGUUCUCUUCGCCAACAAGACUGACCUGACCACACGUCGUCGGGUCAGCCCUAAAGCCGGGAAUGACCUCUCUCAGAGUUUAGGGCUUAUGUAUUUUGAGGGAUCUGCAAAGGACCAUGCAGGUGUCGAUGAGCCCUUUUUUUACCUGGUCAAUGAGUGGUUCAAGAUGUACACGGACAAAACGCAGUCAUUUAAGCUCUUGAGUUAAUAACAGGUAGUUUUUUUUUUUUUUAUGUUAUAUAAGAUAAAAUCACAGUACACAUAUUUUUCAUUGUUGAGAAAUAUAUAUGUUUAGAAGAAGCACAUUUUGGAGAAUGUAUAAUAUAUAUAUAUAUAUAUUAUGAUAGAUUUGAUAAAUAUUAUUGAUCCGUCAAAAAUCAAGAUUUUCAUGUAUUAUUAAAAAAAGAAAAAAAGAAAAGAAAGAAAAAGAAUGUACUUUGUGAAUUAUAUACAUCCAUUUUUUUUAUUGAUUUAUAUUUCUCAUAUUACAGAACUGUCAGUUCUAUAUUUUAUUUGUUGUAAUGUAGUAUAUAAAAUGAAAGGGCUGAAUAUUGAUCAAUAACUGUAAUAACAGAAAUAAUUUGAGUGCAUAUUUUCUCACAUAAACUGUCACACAUUUCACAUCACCUUCACAAAAUCACUGAUAUUUUGUAGUUAACAUCAAAUAAAUAAAGAUGGUAUAA